CCCUGACGGCCCCAGCGGCCAGGCGCGCUCCCGCGCCUCCUUGGGGGGCCGUAGCCAGGCAACGCCCGGCGCUCCCGCCCAUCCCCCGCCGCCCUUUUUUCCCUGGCUGGGUGCGAGGGAGCAUGCCUGUGUCUGGCCUUGGCCAGCAAAGAGUUAAGUCGAGGGGCGUGGAGCUGCCUUCCUCUUGGGGGCGUGCCCCCCUCCCCCGCUAGGCGGCUCAGCCCCCCGCGGUAGGGUAUGGCCCCGGGCCUGGGCCCGGGACCUGUGGUCCCACGCACCGGCCAGUGAAAAACGCCUUCCUCUUCCCGCUCUCCUCUUUCCCUCGCCGACCACCACCAUGGGAUGUAAUAUGUGCGUGGUCCAGAAACCGGAGGAGCAGUACAAAGUGAUGCUUCAGGUGAACGGGAAGGAACUCUCCAAGCUGUCUCAGGAGCAAACCCUAGAGGCCCUGCGUGCCUCCAAGGAGCCCCUGGUGAUCCAGGUGCUGAGACGCAGCCCCCGUCUGCGGGGGGACAGCUCCUGCCAUGACCUUCAGCUGGUGGACAGUGGCACUCAGACCGACAUCACCUUCGAGCAUAUCAUGGCGCUAGGCAAGCUGCGCCCGCCCACCCCACCCAUGGGCAUCUUGGAGCCGUACGUCCUCUCUGAGCUCCCCCCCAUCAGCCAUGAGUAUUAUGACCCAGCGGAGUUCAUGGAGGGCGGCCCGCAGGAGGCAGAGCGAAUGGACGAGCUGGAGUACGAGGAGGUGGAGCUAUGUAAAAACAGCCACCAAGACAAGCUGGGCCUGCUGCUGUGCUACCGCACAGAUGAGGAGGAGGACCUGGGCAUCUACGUUGGAGAGGUAAAUCCCAACAGCAUUGCAGCCAAAGACGGCCGGAUCCGUGAGGGAGACAGAAUCAUCCAGAUUAAUGGAAUGGAUGUCCAGAACCGAGAGGAGGCGGUGGCCAUCCUGAGCCAGGAGGAGAACACCAACAUCUCCCUGCUGGUGGCCCGGCCCGAGAGCCAGCUAGCAAAGCGGUGGAAAGACAGUGACAGAGAUGACUUCCUAGAUGACUUUGGGUCUGAGAAUGAGGGAGAUUCCCGUACCCGGAAGCUGAAGUUGCCCCCUGUCCAGCAGGCUGGAAAUGAUGAGAAGGGAGCUCCUGAUGGGGGCCCAGGCUUGAGCAACAGCCAGGAGCUGGACAGCGGGGUGGGCCGGACUGAUGAGAGUACCCGCAACGAAGAGAGCUCUGAACAUGACCUGCUGGGGGAUGAGCCCCUCAGCACCACCAACACCCCUGGAAGCCUGCGCAAGUUCGGCCUACAAGGGGAUGCUCUGCAGAGCAGGGACUUCCACUUCAGCAUGGACUCUCUUCUAGCGGAAGGGGCGGGGCUAGGAGGGGCUGACCUGCCUGGGCUCACAGAUGAGGAGUAUGAACGCUACCGGGAGUUGCUGGAGAUCAAGUGCCACCUGGAAAAUGGCAACCAGCUGGGCAUCUUCUUCUCCCGGGCCUCCAGUGGCAACAGUGCCCUAGAUGUCAACCGCAAUGAGAGCUUAGGCCAUGAGAUGGCCAUGCUGGAGGAGGAGCUUCGGCACCUAGAGUUUAAGUGCCGCAACAUCUUGCGGGCACAGAAGAUGCAGCAGUUGCGGGAGCGCUGUAUGAAGGCCUGGCUGCUGGAGGAGGAGAGCCUCUAUGACCUGGCAGCCAGUGAGCCCAAAAAGCAUGAGUUGUCUGAUAUCUCUGAACUGCCAGAGAAAUCAGACAAGGACAGCACCAGCGCCUACAACACUGGGGAGAGCUGCCGCAGCACUCCACUGUUCGUGGAGCCUCUGCCCGAAAGCCCCCUGAAGAGAUCUGCUGCUGGCAACUCCAAUUUGAACCGGACCCCUUCUGGCCCUCCUGUCACCACCCAUCCCAAGGGGGCUCCUUCACCAGGUAGCCCUGCUAAGUUCCGAUCACUUUCUCGGGAUCCCGAGGUGGGCCGGAGACAGCACACAGAGGAGCGUGUCCGCCGCAGCACCAAGCCAGGUGCUACUCUGGAGCGAGUGGGCCCUGAAGGCAGCCCUUACCUCUCCAGGCGCCAUCGCGGCCAGGAGAGUGAGCACUAUCACAGCUGUGUGCAGUUGGCCCCACCACGCACCCUGGAGGAUCUGAGCCACGGCUCUUUGAGCUUGGCUAGUGGUCCUCGGGUGGGUGGGGUAGUGGCUGCAGCUGGUGAAGCACCCCGCAUGGAGUGGAAGGUGAAGGUGCGAAGUGAUGGGACCCGCUAUGUGGCCAAGCGGCCGGUGCGAGAUCGACUGCUGAAGGCCAGGGCCCUGAAGAUCCGAGAGGAACGCAGCGGUAUGACCACUGAUGAUGAUGCAGUAAGCGAAAUGAAGAUGGGCCGCUACUGGAGCAAGGAAGAAAGGAAGCAACACUUGAUCCGAGCACGGGAGCAACGGAAGCGGCGUGAAUUCAUGAUGCAGAGCCGUCUGGAGUGUCUAAGGGAGCAGCAGAAUGGUGACAGCAAGCCUGAGCUCAAUAUCAUUGCGCUGAGCCACCGAAAGACCAUGAAGAAGCGAAACAAGAAGAUCCUGGACAACUGGAUUACCAUCCAGGAGAUGUUGGCCCACGGUGCCCGCUCAGCUGAUGGAAAAAGGAUCUACAACCCUCUGCUCUCUGUCACCACUGUUUGAGCUGCCCCAGCAGGAGCCCAGCCCAGGCCUAGAGAGCCUGACCCUCACCCUCCCUUAGAAUCUAGUGUGUGUCUAUGUGUGUGCUUGCACGCUGUGCUCAUGCACACUAUCUGUAUAUGUAUGUGUGCACAGGACUUUGGUAAUAGAAAGCCCCAAGAAGGGACACUUCUCUUCCACUUACUUCCUUCUCCCCAAUAAAGUAUGCCAACAGCCUGCAUAGAGGACAUACCCAUAAAGGGCACCUUUUUGUCUGUGCAUGUGUGCACACACAUGGUGUUCUUGCUAUGUUCUUGGAGACAGUGAAGGCAGUGUAGAGAGAAGUGAGGUGGACUAUCCUAAGCACAAGAGAAUGUCCAGCUUCAUGCUGAGCACAGCCUCUCCCCACUUCUAGGAGCCGCAGUUAUUUGUAGACAAAGGCAAUUUUGUGGUUUUUCUCCUUUUCUGUGCUUGCCAAUAGUUGUUUUCUGUUUUGUGGACCUGCUCUGGGGGCUGGCAGCUCCUUUAGGCAGCCUAACAAAGGUGGACCCCACUGAGUGCUGGCGGGGAAGGAGGUUGGGGGGAGGAAAAGAGGGAGGGUUGGGGGAGGGAAAGGAAAGGGAAGGGAAGAAUAGAGAGCAGCUGUCCUGGUAGCCUCUCCUGAGGGGUGGCAGGGAGGCUCUGCCUUGGCUUGCAAGGCUUAUCCAUGGGGCCCACCUCUCUCCCCAGUGACUGAAGGAGAGUGACAUCACAGGGAUUGUGGGCAGUGUCCAUCCAAAGGAAUUCGCUGGCUCCUGGCCUAUGCCAUCUGGAGCAGAGCCACUCUUCUCAGUGGCCUGAGCAAGGAGGGCCAAACCCAUUGAGCAAGAGGGAAGACCUCACCUAGCCUAGAGAUGAUCUGGUUGGAGUUGGGAGGUCUGGACCCAGUAAAAGGAAGGUAGGCUGAGUGAGAUGCCUAGAACCUCUUAGGGGUGAUGCAACUUUCAAAUGGGCCACUUGUUUGGUGCCUCUCAGGCUCGAUGAAGCAUAUUGGAGGCUACAGGAUGCCCUUGCUCCCCACCUACAUCCCAAGAAUAAAGCAAGCUGUCUUUUUAACUCUA